AUGAUGGAUGUAUUGGAACAUCAACUACCUUCACUUCGGCGCAUUGAUGUGGCCUUUCAUGAUAACGUUACAAGUGGUGGGUCGCGUAGAGGAGGGGGUGUUUUGAAUCAAAUGCAGUUGUUACGAGCACUUCGAUAUCGAUGCAAGCACACGGAUUCGCUUAAAGAGCUACAACUCCGCUUGGACAUGGAGUGUUGCAACAAGAACGACCUCGCUGCCAUCCUUUCUAAUGUCAUGAGCAUUCGCACACUUGAAACACUCGCCAUACGACGAACCUCUGGCUAUGAAUGUGAUGAUGAAUCGGAUAUACUUGCAUUUGUUGAAGGCCUUCAAUUCAGUCUUCCUCGCCUCAAGCACCUAGAAUUGGAUUCCUUUUGCAUCAAUUCCGCUGAUGUGAUUGAUGCCCUCUCAAGAGUACGCCGCCUUGGAUCACUUACUUUAGUCAACAUCAAGAUGAAGCUGGAUGAGGCUACGUUGUUGAUCAAGACCAUGGGCAGCCAUUUGAAAGACCUUUACUUUGUUGGCGGUGACCUAAUCGACGGCUACUUGUACACUGGUUCCCUUCAAACAGUUGCACGUGAUUAUGCUCCCAGAUGUCGGCUCCACAUGUUUUAUGGCUAUAGCGGUAGAUACCCUAACUGA